GCCGCGCGCCGGCUCGCUCACUCUCUCGCGGUGCCCGCCGCCCGCCGCCCGGCUCUGGGCUGCCCGCUGUUCCGGCUCCUGGUCCGGCGCUCUGGCGCGGCUCAGGCUCCGGAGGACAGGACCGCGACUGGCCGACUGAGCCCCGGGCGGGCCGCGAAGCAGGGCCCAGGAUGGUGCUCUCAGUGGCAGGGCUCCUUGUGUGCUCCCUCCUGCAAACCGUCCUCUCCCUCAACCCCGAGGACCCCAACGUGUGCAGCCACUGGGAGAGCUAUGCCGUGACCGUCCAGGAAUCGUACGCACACCCCUUUGAUCAGAUCUACUACACGCGAUGCACAGACAUCCUCAACUGGUUCAAGUGUACCAGGCACCGGAUCAGUUAUAAGACAGCGUAUCGGCGUGGGCUCCGGACCAUGUACCGGCGGAGGUCCCAGUGCUGUCCUGGCUACUACGAAAGCGGAGACUUCUGCAUACCCCUGUGUACAGAGGAAUGUGUGCACGGCCGCUGCGUUUCCCCGGACACCUGCCACUGUGAGCCCGGCUGGGGAGGGCCCGACUGCUCCAGCGGCUGCGACAGCGACCACUGGGGCCCCCAUUGCAGCAACCGGUGCCAGUGCCAAAACGGAGCCCUGUGCAACCCCAUCACCGGCGCCUGCGUGUGUGCCGCCGGCUUCCGAGGCUGGCGCUGCGAGGAGCUCUGCGCGCCUGGCACCCACGGCAAGGGCUGCCAGCUGCCGUGCCAGUGCCACCACGGCACCAGCUGCGAUCCCCGCACCGGCGAGUGCCUCUGCUUGCCCGGCUAUACUGGCGUCUACUGCGAGGAGCUCUGCCCACCUGGGAGCCACGGGGCUCACUGUGAGCUGCGCUGCCCCUGCCAGAAUGGGGGUACCUGCCACCACAUCACUGGCGAGUGUGCCUGCCCCCCAGGCUGGAUGGGAGCAGUGUGUGCCCAGCCCUGCCCACCAGGGACAUUCGGCCAGAAUUGCAGCCAGGACUGUCCUUGCCACCACGGAGGGCAGUGUGACCAUGUGACUGGGCAGUGCCACUGCACAGCCGGAUACAUGGGGGACAGGUGCCAAGAGGAAUGCCCCUUCGGGACCUUUGGCUUCCAGUGCUCCCUGCGCUGUGACUGCCACAACGGGGGUCAGUGUUCACCCACCACCGGUGCCUGCAAGUGUGAACCUGGCUACAAAGGCCCACGCUGCCAGGAGCGGCUGUGCCCCGAGGGCCUGCACGGCCCAGGCUGCAGCUUGCCCUGCCCCUGUGAUGCCGGCAACACCAUCAGCUGCCACCCAGUAACUGGAGCUUGCACCUGCCAGCCGGGGUGGUCUGGCCACCACUGCAAUGAAUCCUGCCCUGCUGGCUACUAUGGCGAUGGCUGCCAGCUGCCUUGCACCUGUCAGAACGGUGCCAACUGCCACAGCGUCACUGGGAGCUGCACUUGUGCCCCAGGCUUCAUGGGGGAGGUCUGUGCAGUUCCCUGUGCAGCAGGGACCUACGGCCCCAACUGCUCAUCCGUCUGUAGCUGUAACAGCGGUGGCACCUGCUCCCCAGUAGAUGGCUCCUGCACCUGCAAGGAGGGGUGGCAGGGCCUCGACUGCACCCUGCCGUGUCCCAGUGGGACGUGGGGCCUGAACUGCAAGGAGAGCUGCACCUGUGCCAAUGGGGCGGCCUGCAGCCCCACCGAUGGUUCCUGCUUCUGCACCCCUGGCUGGCUGGGGGACAACUGCGAACUGCCCUGCCCGGAUGGCACAUUUGGGCUGAACUGCAGUGAGCGUUGUGACUGCAGCCACGCUGAUGGCUGCGAUCCCGUCACAGGCCACUGCUGCUGCCUGGCUGGAUGGACAGGCAUCCACUGUGACAGCACGUGUCCGCCCGGUCGCUGGGGUCCCAACUGCUCCGUGUCCUGCAGCUGCGAGAACGGUGGCUCCUGCUCCCCAGAGGAUGGGAGCUGCGAGUGUGCCCCGGGCUUCCGAGGACCCUUAUGCCAGAGAAUCUGCGCCCCUGGGUUCUAUGGCCACAGCUGCGCCCAGCCGUGCCCCCUCUGCGUGCACAGCAGCAGGCCCUGCCAUCACGCCAGCGGCAUCUGUGAGUGCCUCCCCGGAUUCUCCGGAACCCUCUGCAACCAAGUGUGUGCUGGAGGGCACUUUGGGCAGGACUGUGCCCAGCUCUGCUCCUGUGCCAACAACGGGACCUGCAGCCCCAUCGAUGGCUCCUGCCAAUGCUUCCCUGGGUGGAUUGGCAAGGACUGCUCACAGGCUUGCCCAUCUGGGUUCUGGGGCCCCGCCUGCUUCCACACAUGCAGCUGCCACAACGGGGCGAGCUGUAGCGCCGAGGAUGGGGCCUGCCACUGCACCCCUGGUUGGACCGGACUCUUCUGCACGCAGCGCUGCCCAGCAGCGUUUUAUGGGAAGGACUGCGGGCACGUGUGCCAGUGCCAGAAUGGUGCCAGCUGUGACCACGUCAGCGGCAAGUGUACCUGCCGCACAGGCUUCACCGGGCGACACUGUGAGCAGAGAUGUGCCCCAGGAACCUUUGGCUAUGGGUGUCAGCAGCUAUGUGAGUGCAUGAACAAUGCCACCUGUGACCAUGUCACAGGCACCUGUUAUUGCAGCUCUGGAUUCAAAGGGAUCAGGUGUGACCAAGCUGCCCUCAUGAUGGAGGAGCUGAAUCCCUACACCAAGAUCAGCCCAGCACUGGGUGCAGAGCGGCACUCGGUGGGUGCUGUCACAGGCAUUGUCCUCCUGUUGUUCCUCAUUGUGGUGCUGCUGGGCCUGUUCGCCUGGCACCGGCGGCGGCAGAAAGAGAAGGGCCGAGACCUGGCUCCCCGCGUCUCCUACACACCUGCCAUGAGGAUGACCAGCACUGACUACUCCCUCUCAGAUUUGUCUCAAAGUAGCAGCCAUGCCCAGUGCUUUUCCAAUUCCAGCUACCACGCACUGGCGUGCGGGGGGCCUAACACCAGCCAGGCCAGCACUCUGGACAGGAACAGCCCCACCAAGCUCAGUAACAAGUCCCUUGACAGAGACACGGCAGGCUGGACCCCCUACAGCUAUGUGAACGUGUUAGACUCCCAUUUCCAGAUCAGUGCCCUGGAGGCCAGGUACCCGCCCGAGGACUUCUACAUUGAACUUAGACACCUCAGCCGCCCUGCUGAGCUACACUCACCAGGUGCUUGUGGAAUGGAUAGACGUCAGAACACAUACAUUAUGGACAAAGGCUUCAAAGAUUACAUGAAAGAAUCCGUAUGCAGUUCUAGCACUUGUUCCUUGAAUAGCAGUGAAAACCCUUAUGCCACAAUUAAGGACCUGCCCAUCCUCACCUGCACGCUUCCAGAAAGCAGCUACGUAGAAAUGAAGUCGCCUGUGCACACGGGGUCUCCGUACACAGAUGUGCCAUCCUUGUCGACAUCUAAUAAAAAUAUAUAUGAAGUUGAGCCCACAGUCAGUGUGGUCCAAGAAGGCCGUGGUUGUAACUCCAGCUAUAUUCAGAAUCCAUACGACCUACCUAGGAACAGCCAUAUUCCUGGUCAUUAUAACCUCCUCCCAGUAAGACAGAGCCCUGCCAAUGGGCCGUCCCAGGACAAGCAGUCUUGAGGGAUAAGCCUCUCUCUUGCAAUGUGCUCUGCUGAAUAUUCUCUGACUCUCUGAAAGAAGACAAUCCCUUGACUUGAAAUAAUGGUACAAACUGACUCCAGCUGCGUGUUAGUUAUAACGUUCACCUGGAACUAAAGAAGAGCUUCCAAGUGGGACUGGGGUAACUGUUCAAAAGGUCCGUUCUCAAAAGCAAAUUCUACCACCCACCCACCCCCAAUCCCAAAUGCCAUGGAUUAUAUGAUCUUUUAAAACAUAAAGAUAAAGCUACUCAUCAACAUCAGCUAAAUAUAUACAUAUUAAUAUUUAUAUAUUAAAUUAUCUGAAACAUGAUGCUUAGAAAGCAUGUAGAAUAGGUUUUACCAAUUUUCCUAGGAGUAAAGGGGACUGGGGAGGAGAGGGGAUUACUUUAAAGCACCUGAAAUGUAUAUGUGCUUUUGGUUCCUGUUACCGUCACUUAGAUUGUUUUAUUACCUAAGAUAAUUAGUACAUAGACACAAACUGUGCUAAUAUCAAUCCUAAAGUACCUGUACAUAUAUGUCAAGUCAAUCAAAUUAUAACUGCCAAGAUUACAGAGUUUAGUAUACAGUCUAAUGCUGACAACUUCAAUUUUUUAAAGUAAGACUUUAAUGAAUACAAAUUAACUUUCCCUCUUCUGCCCCUGGUGGUAGUAGGAGGGGAAAAAAGUUUCCGAAGUGCAACAGCCUCUUUCAGUCAAACAAUGAUUUCUAGGCCAGCUUUACAAAAUCUUGCCAAUUCAAAGUUCAAGAACAUUGCAAGCCAGUCCUGGCCUUGUCAUAUCUCCUUAGUCCAUCCAACACCUGAGUUAUUCCAUGCAAAACGGAACUCUGAGAUGAUGCCUUUAAGCAAGCAGUCAUAGACUGGUAAGAAUUAAACAUCCCUAAAAAUGGUUAUUCGGCCUCCAGAAUUUAUUUGAGUGGCAUUCCUUGAUUCAGAAGAGUACAUGCUGUCAAGCGUUAUCUUCAUAAAUCUUGAGCUUGAUGUAGUAUGGAACCUAAAAGUGUAGAGGAAAUUAGACAAAAGUGGAUACAGGAAGUUUAAGUUGUUUUAAGUACAUUAUGCUUUUUGAUGGAACUAAAUGAAAUGAUCAAAGAAGAAUGGACUGUAAUCAAUUGCUAUAACACGAUGUAAAAACUUAAUAUAUAAGUAUAUGAAGUACUUCUACCUUCUAAGCACCACCUACUGACAUGGCCAAAAAUGUAUUACAAUGAGCUAAUGCUCCAGAUCCCAGUAUUCAGGUGUAUCUAUACUUCCACUCUAAUGAAUAUAAGUAAACUGGGGCUUGGAUGGGUCAAAAAGGAGCCUCUCCCAAGCCCUAAAGAGGACCUCCUCACAAGAAUGAAAGACCCAAAGGGCAAAGCAGGGAAACUAAUGACCACCCUAUACCACUCCAUUCUCUGAUUAACAGUCCAGGCAGUAAAAAAUACUUCCAAAAAGGUAUACAGAAGAUGAACUAAGUGACUGUAAAUGACUGCAAAGCUGGAACAGCUGCUACAGGAAAUGUGGGAGUUCUGAAGCCCUUAAUACACAUUGGAAGUCUGCCAUGGAACCCAUUAGUUUGGGCAAUAACCAGCAAAAGCAAGAAAAUAAAUAAAUGAGUAAAUCCUCCCUCCCCCACUUCACUCAAGGCUUAAGCAAAUUUUAUCGUUAGGGGAAAAUAUAAUACUUACAUGAAUGCUGCAUGUAUGCAUGGGAGCAAGUGAUCAGCAAUAGCAAAUUUACUUUCAAAAAAAGCCUUAUUAAAAUAUAAAUACUAGAAAAUUACUUUGUAGGCCCAAGUAAAUAUUUCUCAUACAUAUGUAGGAAGAAAUAUAGAUAAGAGACUUACCUCAGUAUUUCAGGGCAGCAAGUGCUCAAAUAUCUUUCUCAAGUAAGGAUCAAGAAGCAUGGUGAAGUCAGAUCAGCAAGGAGAAACUUCGUCUCAAUCCCAGGUUUUAUUUUCUUCCCUUAGCCUGCAUGUACAAUAACUGCUGCCUGGCAAACUGCAAACAAGCACUCAAGUUUCGUUUCACCUCUUUUUUGCCAAGUAUCUUCUGGCAAAAUUCAGCAAGAGGUGGCAUGGUGGAAUUGCUAAAGCACUGGGUCGAGAUUUGAGUGUUACUUGCCCUCUCUGGGUUCCUUUUUUUCCCCAUGUAUUGAAAAAAAGGGAGAAGCAGAGAAAGGUAAGGGAGCUCUGACAACCCUUCAGCUUUAGCAUUCUAUGAUUUUUAAAGAAAUGUAAUACAACUCAAAUCAGGCAAUACAGUGGAGAAGGGAAAGGCAGAGGGUGUGAUUAAUCUAUUGUGACAACAGCUGCCUUUACAUAUCUAAGAGUUACUGGUAAAAGACAUUCCAAUCUAACAGAGCACCUACUAGGAACUUCUGUCUAGCACUGUCACAAAUAGGUUCAUGGUCAACCUAAACAUGUGCACUGUGCAUUUUAUUGGCAACAUGGAAAAAUCUGUUCAAUUAUUUUACAGAAAUUAAGUUUUUACUCAAAGUGAUGUGCAUACAAUUCAAAUGAAUAAGAAAAACACAAUUACUGUACAAUAGCAUAAGUGCAACUAUGAAAUGGCAAUACUUUUUUAAACAACCCAGAUUUGUAAUAUAUUUGUUCACUGUGCAGAGGGAUCAUACCUUGUACAAAAUAAAAUGAAUUUCUCAAACUAAUUUAACAAGAAUGCCCACUGUUGUGUUGCAAACUGAAAAUGUGUCUAUAAUCUACACCUUAGGUUUAAAGGUAGAACUAACUUACAUUUUGUGUGGUCACCCUAGACAGCCAGAAAAGUGAAAAUCAUCCCAAUAGAUGUUUGAAAAUAAAGUGAAAAGGUUCUAUCAAAUUUAUAACAAGAGAGUCUCUUCCUUUAAAGUAAUGAAUGGGAGCAACACAUUCUUAUUCAUGUCCAAAAAUUAUUGAAAUAUCUCAUACACAUCAGUAUACUCAAAUAGAGAAUUUCUCUGCUUUCACAAAGAUUUGGACUCAAAGACAACUAUUACAACUUGUGCUCAGCUCCAGAGACACAAAGGUACUUCUAUGGAAAGGAAUAAAGGCAAGUGUAAGGGCCACCUAAUUAGCAUAAGUGCAAUGAAGAGCUGUCCACCAGAAGUUAUCAGCCACUACAGUACUCUGGGUGCAUCUGUUUUAGGACCUUUUAAAACAUAUCCUUGUGACCUAACUGGUAAAGAAGCAGCAGAAUUAAUUUUGUAAUAAAAUACAAACGCUAAAAAAUAGCUUACUGAAUGCAUUCAAUGGUAUAAGUUUAAAAUUUCUCCCUUAUACUUUCAAAGUUUUGUAUGUAAUCCUCAUACUUAAGUCAAACUAAAACCUUUCAACUUGUCAGUUCACAAGGCUUACAUGAUACUCAAAAGUUAUUUCCACUUAAUAAAAUGUCUAACCAAGAACUUUUGCUAUUUAGAGGCUAAGACUCAUUCAGAAAAGAUCUAACAGACAAUCCUCAAAGGCCAGGAGGCUAGGGCUUUGACAUCUGAGUGAAAGACAAAACAUAAUCAAGGGUUAUAAGGCUAAUAAAGGUAUUUACUGAGAAUAAUAGUGCUUUAAGAUUAUGACUUACGAGGCUCAGAAUACCACCCAAUAGCAUAAAUGACAACCAAAGGCGGCAGGUUGUGCACUCAAUCACUGCAAGUUGUGCACUCAAUACAGGAGAUUCAAGAAUGAUACCAUUAGCCAUUCAUCCAGCCAGAGGGAAGACAGAAGAGGCCCAAUUAAUCUGUCUGUGGCAACAGAAGAUGGAAAAUCUUUCUCAGAAGGGAUGGAUGAUGGAUACAUAAGGGAUUCAUUAUACUCUUAUUUAUAAGGUGUAUAAUAAUUAUAUAUUAUUUAUGUAAUAAUUUUAUGUAACAAUAUUUAAAAUGUUUAAUCUAAAUGGUAAAAUUCUCAGACUACAGCCCCCCAGGCUAAACUAGAAUGAACCAUAGGAUUAGCCCCUUCACUCUUUUAGAUGGUCCUUCCUUAUUGUUCUGACACGGGGUUGUAGGAAGGAUAAAUAUUAGGAAUGUAAGUAUGAGCAAAGCACUUUCCCUACCCUUGUAGAUCUUACAAUGUAGCAAUUAUAGAAGGGCAGGGAUAAAUAGAGGACCCUGGUGAUUAGUCUGAUAGUGAUUAUACAUUUUCUUCCCUGACCUGCAGAGCUAGAAAGACUCUGAGCAGUGGUCCAACCCAAACCCAGAGAAGGAGGAAGCUCUGGUCUGCAGCGCCGGUUGUCAGAUUACCUCCUUAUUCCAGUUUCUGCCUCCCAGGUCAUUGUCUAGCCCAGCAGAUGGCCCUCCAGAACCUUAGGAGUGAGUGCUAAAAGCCAUACGCUUAUUCAUUAGGAUGCGGAUAACAGGGUCUGAGAUUUUGUGGUUUGGGGCCAAGGUUAAGUUCUACUGACUCAACCACAGGAAAGGAAUCCUGUUGGCUAUUAAUUUUCACCAUCACUGGUACUGAUAACAUAGUAGUUAACAGCCAAUAUACAUGACAUCUGUGCCAGGACCUAUCAAUUCUAUGCUUAAUAAUGUUAAAUAAUUCAAUUCAAAUGUUUACUAAUAAUUACUAUCCUAAUAGACAAAUAAUGCCAUUUAUAUCAUGUGUGUGCACACAUAAACCUAUACACUUGGAUUUAAUCAUUGGUUCUAUUGGUGGAAUCAGUCCAUGGACUGAUCUACCUUACUAGAUUCCACUUAGAGAUUAAAAAAAAAAAUUAAACACAAAAUGUUUUUAAAGGUUCUCUCUCCCAAACAUGAAUAUAUUUCAAAGUAUAUAUUAAAAGCCAGGAGAAUUUCCUUUUAACAGUAAAAGCCAAAAAACAGCAGUUCUCAGCUCACAGUUGACAUAGCAGCCCCUCAAGUGCUCCUCCCCGCUUAGUACAUAUGGUACUUUGAUGCAUAUUGUUGAAACUGACAGUCAUUUUGCAAAUGUUCUGAAAGCUUUCAUCUUAUUUAAUGGCGUUAACAUGGAAAUAAAGAUAGCAUUUUAAUCAAGUUAUUAUAAGACCAAAAAUAUCUUGCAAAGUAUACACAUGAUUUUUAUUUAUCUAUUAAAUUUAAAUUUUAGUUAGAAUGUAUAAUAAUUUGGCUCUAGUACCUGAAGAAAGUGUUCAUUCAUAAAAUUACUGAAUUAAGGCUGGGAUAAACCCCAGAAAUGAUCUAAUCCAGUCCCCUCAUUAACUGGAAGAAAGUGAAGUUCAGAGAUAAAAUGACUAGAAGACCUGUGACUAGAUUCCAAGUCUUUGUCACCCAGUUUAGUGCUCUAUUAUAGCUGCCACUUUCAAUCAUUUAACUCAGAAUUUAGCAUACUUUCUAAUAUAUGCCUAAUAUCAACUUCCUUUCAAAUAUUCUUUCUCUAUCCUCCAAUUCAGCUUUUAGGAAAAUAGAUACUUCAAUUAAAAUUCUCUCAGCCUAAUCCUAAUGGUCUCCCUUACAUAAAUUGUGAUGAUAUUAGCAUUCUGUAUUACUUUAUUGUUACCAUCAGCCUCCCACGGUUUCUUUAAAAGAUUAGAAUGACAACUCCAGUUUAUUCGGCGUAUUGUAUAGAUGAGUGAAAAAGGUGACCUGUCAAAUCCCGGGAAGGGAUGCAGCACCAGCACUGCCCCAACCAGGAGAACAAAAAGCAGCUCUUUAGCACUAGUUUGACUGUUAUGCUAACCCACUAAACGUUGUGGUGAAAGAAGGUCCUUUCGUUGUCUUUGUUCAUUUUUUUUCACACAGGGAAUAGAUAUCCUUAUGUACAGUCCUUAUGCAAAAUUCAUAUUUUGUUUUGAAUUUUUUAUGUUUGUGAGACAUAAAAUAACUAGCCUCCAUUUUUUUCCUCUGUUUAAAAAAAAAAAAUCUCCAGAAAUUGAAACCUAACAGGUUGGAGUAAGUUCUUAAUUAUCCACCCAGCCUUUGAAUUAUUCUGCUUCUGGUGUUGGCCAAAACUGUCUAAAUAGUAGAGCUUUUUUUUUUCUUUUUAAGGUAGAUGGAAGAGAUUAUCACAAUAGCUCAAACCACUGAGAGGGUUUGCAUUUUGUAAAUAUAAGUCACUGAGGACAAAAAUUAAGAUGUUUAUUUCCCCAAUGAUGAAAUAAAUAUGACUAGCUCUGAUGGGCAAUCCAAACUCAAGAAAUCUAACUUUCCUGCAGAACCCUCUGACAGAAGUCACCAACUAGCACCCCUUCUUAGAAUUACAAUUUAGCACACUCAGUGCAAUGGCUAAAGAAACUUACCCUUACAGAGUAACAACUACUAUUAGAGAGAAAUCAUAAAUAGCAUUUUAGAACAAUGACAUACAAGUUAAAAUCAAGAUGGCUAAGUGACUUUUCAGGACAAUACAAUAGGUUUUUUAAAAAUUCAAAGUUAAAAUAACUGAAAAGCAAGGUCAAAAAGCAAAAUACUUCUAAACUACCUUAAGCCCUAAAUUGUCAUAAUAUUUAAAAACUUAAUGUUUCUUACUUGAGACAGUCUGUCUCCUGAGACACUAUUCAGAAUGAAGACACUUGUUGAAAUGCAAUCAGAUUCAUUUUCUACUACUACUUAAGGUUUCUUGGAAUUCUCCCAAGAUCCAACCAUGCACAAGGCAACAUUAAGUCUACAUUUGGUAAAAAUUCAAAGUUACUUUAUUCAUUUUCAAUUCACUACCUAGUUUCUCCUUCUCUUAAAUAAUUUUGUAAAAAAUUUACUACCAAUUUUGAGUAAAAUAGUGAUGGAGCCUCUUGGGUCUGGUGACACUGUUACAUACCAAAGUACAGAGAUUACUUUCCUAAUGUUUUUGGUAAUAUUCAAUACUUUUUCCAAGAACAGCAUAAUUGAACUAUAUGUCUAAAAUCAAAGCUGAAUUCACACAAUGAUGCCUCCAAUUCAAUUGUUUACUCUGUAAUCCAAGGACCUAUGCUCUUACUCAUCAGAAGCAAAUAUUCCACGGCUACAUCCAAAGCACUCAAAGGAAAAAUAUAAUCUGACAACAUAAAGAAUAGUCCCCCUAUAACUGUUUAUUAGAAUGUGAAUAUAUUCCAAAUCAAUAACUAAAAAAAAAAAAAAAUCAAGUUACAGAGCAUGCAUAAAAUACAAAGUAGCGAUUU